AUGCCGCCCAAGUCCAUCCUGAAGAACGCGACUGUCUCUACCAACGCGCCUCCGGGCAGGAAACCCGUGAAUGCGCGCCACCUCGCAGUUGCCCGCCACCAUGCGACGGUACUUGAAGACCGCAAGCGCGUCGAGGCAGAGGUGCUGGAGGCCGUCAUGACCCUCAUGGACUUUCCCACCUCGCCAGACGCCGAUGCUAAGCGACCUUCGCCCUCGGACGCUCACUUCUUCCAGAAAGCAGUAAUUCCCUUCCAGCCCGCCGACUACGACGCCCUCAUUGAGGAGCGCAACAUUGCCGACAAGUGCGGAUACGCUCUGUGCCCGCGCCCCAAGAAGAAGGCGCGAUCCACCGCGAGGAAGCAGUUUGUUGACACUGAUCACGGCGUUGAAAUAGUAGACAGGAAGGUGCUCGAAGUGUGGUGCUCAGAUGACUGCGCAAAACGCGCACUCUACGUCAAGGUGCAGCUGAACGAGGAGCCGGCGUGGAUGCGACACGGCGGGUACGGCGACAAGAUUGAGCUCAUGGUCGACAAUGCCGAUGAACAUGAAAAGGCCCUACCGCUACGUCUCAAACAGGAGAGUGCGACCACGGCUGACGCAGAUGACGAAGCAGACCUCGACGCAGCCUGGGCCGCCCGCGCAGACGCCAUGACUGAUCUUGCGCUCGAACGAGGCGAGAAGCCGGGCAACCUUACCAAGGCAAACAACGACCUCGUCCAGGACCAGAUUCUCGAGCGCUCUUCCAGCAACGCGCCGCCUCAACCACCGUCGCUUCCUGCGCAAACAUCUGACCACACCAUGGCUAUUGAAGGGCACGUUCCACGUAUAAACAGGAAAGACAAGGACGACGACGAAGACGAUGAUCAGGACUGGGACAAACACUUGCCUGGAUGA